AGGGCAGCAUUAAAGUUUCCAUUGUACAGCCUGCCGGAAUUCUAUUCGAAGAAGAAGUACUCACAGCUGGCGGGAAAUACUACUUCACUGUGAACUGUGAUGACUAUUUAGUUCGGGAGAUAUUAAACGGGAUGUUUUAAACUUAGAACAAUUCAACGUUUAAUCAGAUGUUAACAUUUUAAGUCUGUCCUCGUGGCCGGAAAGGAAAAUGGUUCAAAUAGUCGUCAGAGGUAGUGUGGAUGGCAGCAGUCCUCCAGAGUGGCUGCUGAUCGAACUGCAGGGGGAGGUGGUUUCCAGACACAACUCUGGUCUGGCUGGAAAUGUGAUGGGUGACCUGCUCUACACUAAAGAGGGGGUGCCAGUGCUCAUUGUUGGACAUCACAUUCUGUAUGGGAAGCAGGUCAAACUAGAGAAGCCGUUUGCUGUCCUCACCAAGCAUCCAGGGCAUUCACAGGACAGUCUGGGCAACCAUGACGACGAUGAAGUCACACAGACACCAAUGGAAACGAACCAGCAAGGACCCACCACCACGUCUUACUCCGUGUCUGCCCUCAUUAAACGGAAACUGAUCUUCAAGACUCGCCCAAAACCCAUCAUUACUAACGUGCCUAAGAAGGUGUAGUUAGACUGUUGGGCAGGUUCAUCGUACAUAUGUCCUUCAGUUGAUCAAUGGCACUCCAUCCCACAUUGACCAGGCUGUGACCUUCACUGAUCCAACAAUGGGCUAAUGAGGAUCCUUUUCUAUUGUGAUGUUUCCAGAAGUUGAUGACAAAUUAAAUGCAGUUAUAAAGGUUUUGGCAAUGGUUACCUGAUCAGAGUUCUGAGUAAGUGUUUGUCUUUGCUGUUUGGAAAUUGAGACGGACGUAAAGAAUAUCUGACACCAGAGGUUUCCAUCCUUAUCUUGCAAAACCAGACCUCCAGAUCACAGCAUUGUGUCAGAUCUGUAGAAAGCUCUGGUUGAACUGUCAUGAUAAUGCACCAAAGGAAAAUGCUUUGGUGUUUUGCAUAUCUAAAAUGUAUCCAGUCAGUUUGGGAUUGCCAAGCAAAGGAUGACUGUGCCCUUGCAAAAUAGCACUGGAAGGGAACUUGUUUUUAGUGGAACAGUUUUGCUCCAAAAGAGACAGAGCCGAAACGUAUAAUAGCUAAACCUUUUGCUUAGAAAUGUUGUCAAAUACAGAUCUAUAAAGUCCAACCAGUGUCUCAUUUAGCUUAUACAGUGAUAUCGGCAAGUAUUUUUUCUGAUAUGGAACCUCUUUUUCAGAAAAUUUUAUGCAAAAUGAAAUAUUAUGCUCUAGAAAAGAUGUUAUAGGGACAUUUUCUACAACUUCAUAUUUUGCAAUACUCUCAGCACUGUGUUUAGCUAAACGGAACGGCUUCCCGACUGAGCAUAAAAGUCAUCUGCUCUUGACUGUUAAGUGUAUGAUAAUGUAAUAUUUUUUGUAAUGAUGUUUUUGUUCAACAAAGCAGCUUUCAGGGUUUCUUUGCAGAAUAUUAUGGGUGUGUCCUAUCCAUUACAAAGGAAUUUCAGGAGUCCAACACAUGCUGGAAAACAGUUGACCAGUUUUCCAGUCAUUGAAAACACAUUGAAUAAAGAGAUAAAAGCAAACUA